UAAAUAAUACGUAUUUAUUUGAUGAAUGCAACAGUUACAUUUUUUUUACGGUUUAGGACAAGUUUUACAUGCCUAGUUGAACGGUAACAUGAAUUAAACCUUAAUUUGCAUCAUCUAACAAAUAGAUAAAACAUAAAAAUAGGCAAUAAAUGUUGGAAGGGAAGAGAACGUUGGUCUGCGCUCCAAAACCUUAGAAUGGCUCUCCUCGGAUCAAACAUAGCAAGCGAGGUUGGACUCCGUUUACUCCUUUAUCCUCUUGGUUCCAACGUUGUACUUCGGACGGCAUGUUGUUCUGUGGGAAUUGCUUUGCCUGUGUACUCUACAUUCAAGGCAAUAGAAAGUAAAAACCAAGAUGCUCAACAAAGGUGUCUUGUCUACUGGGCAGCAUUCGGCUCGUUCAGCCUCGUUGAAGUAUUCACGGACAAGCUUAUUUCUUGGGUUCCCAUGUACUAUCAUGUCAAGUUCGCAUUUCUUGUUUGGCUUCAGCUUCCACCUACCAAUGGAGCUAAGCAGUUAUACAUGAACCACAUGCGCCCCUUCUUGAUUAAGCAUCAAGAGAGUCUUGAUCGCGUUUUAGGCCUUGCAUAUUGUGAAGUGAUCAAGCUUGUCGGUUCAUAUCAGAAAGAGAUCCAGUCAGUCAAGAUCAUGGUAGGAAAGAUAACCAAAUCAGCUGAUAAAAUGUUGAGAAGCCCACCUACCGCAUCAGAUAGAUCAUCGAAACAUAGUUCGGUUGAUGAAUCUGCCACGCCUUCCGAUGCCGGGCCUGACCAAAACAAUAGCUAAUCAACCAAAAGGGUUUGGUUCCCUGAAACUUAUGAGUCAAUAUGUUCUUGUUAGACUUAAAAUAUCAGAUACUAGACUUUCAUCUAUUCGACUUUUGGUAAAUGUUGGAAUCCUUUUUCUCUGAGAGAAAAACAUAAGCUUUCUCUUGAUAGGAUGUCAUAGAUAAAUUUUCUGAGAUUUGCUUUUUUUGCAAAGAUUGGAAGCUGUCGAUAUUUUUGUUAAUAUUUUGUUUGUUUUAUAGAUUCACUUUUUGUUUGUCAGUUGAUUUUAUAGAUUAACUUUUAAUGAAUGAUUCAUAGUGUUGUUUCA